UCCUUUUCUCAGUGGUAUAUAUAUAGCCUAUGACAAUGAAGAAAGGAACACAACCCAACUCAUUAGUUUUACUUUGCAAAUUCAGCUUCUAAGCCUUAUUCCCAAUUGCAAAACAAAAUGAGUUCCUCUCCUUUGAGAUCAAAAUCCGGUUACCAUGCUCGCUCUAUCAGCUUGCCCUCUAGGCCUCACCCGCUCAUUCCUCAAGGAGAUGAGCAUUUAUGCAGACUAAGGGCUUUUGGAUCUACCUCUUCAUCGCUAUCAUCAGUUGCCGAGAGGCUAAGUGUCCUCGAAGGAUUGUACGAGUGUCUGGAUGACUCCCUUGUAUUGCCACACACUCAACAAGUCUUUUCCCAACAACGCCACGAGAAAUGGGUAGAUGAUGCGCUUGACCGAUUUCUAAGGCUUUUGGACUUCUGUGCCAUUGCUAAAGAUAUCUCCACACAAACAAAGCAAGAUUUGCAAGGACUUCUUUUGACCUUGCGGAGAAGAAGAGAUGGAAGUGAGUUGGGAGGGUACUUGAACUCUAGAAAGAACGCUACAAAAGAGAUCCAAAAGUCCCUAAAGAUUAUGAAGAGUUUCAAAAGCAAGAACAGCAUCUCAGAUUCGCACAAUGACCACGACACUGUGGCAAUUGCUACAUUGUUAAAGGAGGUUGAAGCAACCACCAUUGCAGUAUUUGAGUCCUUGUUUUCCAAUCUGUCAGGGACAAAGGUGAAAUCAAAGCUGAAUGGCUUUUCUUUGGUGCUAUCCAAAUCCAAAGACGAAGAAACAAACACAAAUGAGUUUGAGAAAGUUGAUGUUGCGUUAAAUGCGCUCAAAGGUCACAAGACAAGCAAAUUUGAUGGUACAAUCCAGGUGGAGGAAGUGCAAAAUCUAUUGCAAAAGACGGAGUUGAGCAUUCAAGAUAUUGAACAAGGACUAGAAUGCUUGUUCAGACGUUUAAUUAAAACUAGAGUUUCCCUCCUCAACAUUCUCAAUCGCAAGGCAAGAAAAUCGUGGUUCGGUAUCAUUGGAAUCAAAAUUUUGUGA